AUGAACACUACUACUCAAAGACAAGAACUCUUCCUCAAAGAUAUGCUCAAUGGAUCAUCGAGCAACAAUACCUCUGAUGAUUCCAACCACUCUCAAACUCCAUCCAUCCAGCUCACUAAAAUUUUGUCACCCUUCCAACUCUACACCAAGAAGAGAACCGACAUUAACAACAACUCUGUAGAGAUUUCAUUGUUAGGAAAGAGCACAGAACAUACCUCACUCGACAUUCAAACCGAAAAGUCAGUGAGUGUCUACUUGUCUGAAGAAGGUCUCUCAUCAAGCGUCGUUUGUGCCAGUCACUUGAUUAAGAAAAUUCUUCCAAUCACAUUCAGUUCAGUUAAGAAGAACGAUAAGGUCUCUGUUGUCUCGUGUAAUGGUACAAUUCGCAACAAUUCCAAAACAUGUCCAGUGCCUACAACGACCACCCUGAACUCUAAUCAACCACCAAAAGUUGCCUUCAGAGUAAAGAGCCAUGGUAAAGGAUGUAAUGGCACAGUGAAACUCUUUGUGAUACCAUUCGUGGUGACUGAACAUGAUGCUGCCAAGACAGAAGAACAUUACUAUCUCAUGAUUAAGGCCAAGAGAAAUUCGUUAGGAAAAGGAAACAACAAGUAUGGUAUUGAGAAUGCUUACAUGUUCAGAAAGUCCAUGGAUAAUGACUUGAUUGAUCAAAUUAUUGAUCGUGUUCAAUCGUUUGAUGCCUCCUCUGUCAAUGUCUCUUCACCAACAGCAAAUACAACACCAGCCAUGAAUAACAUUUCAAGUGUCACUGCUAGCAAACAUACCUCAAGAUCUGUCCAACAACAACAAGAACCAUCCUCACCAACAAACAAGAAGAGAAGAGUGAGAAGCAGCAGCAAUGCCAUUCAGAACGAUGCCAACAAGACCAAGUUGAGAAAGACACAAUUGGAAGGAAGUGUUAAGGAAGAGAAGCAAAUCUCUGCAGUGGGAGGAACUGCUCCAAGCACUUUUGUGAGCUCAAAUGGUGUGUCGUCCCUGAAUAACAUGUAUCACAAGACAACCUCCCUCCAUCAACAGUUCCAACAACCUCCUCAACAAUAUCAUCACCAACAUGUCUCUUCCUCCAACCAAUGCAAUCCUUUCAGUAGUGGUAGUAGCACACAGAGACCAGUGCAUAAUAAUAUGAGCAAUACUCCUACACGAAACAACGUUCUGUCUCAAGGAACAGCUCCACUGAACAUGGAAUUUGCAAACCAUAGCUCACAAAGACUCCCACAACAUGGCCAAUAUUCGAAUACAACGCUCUCCUCACAACCAUCAGGCAAUACAUUGGCUUCCAUGAUGGCAAACAUGAUGAAUAAUCCUCCUCCAACUUACACCAUUGACAACACAUGGAAUAAUCAUACCUCUACAACCAAUACUAACGGAAACAACAACAAUUUGGGCGCAAUGGUGAAGAAUCAUAUUCUUGAGAUGGAUUUCCAAAAGCAGUAUGGAAGACAACCAUCCACUUUCCAAACUCAACAGCAAUCUUCAUAUCCACCAAUUCAAUAUUAUCAAACUCCAUCUCAUACCAACUAUGGAGGUGACAAUAGAGCUGUGAAACGAACGCUGGAUGAAAUCUUUUGCGAAGAGUUUGCUACUUCCAACAUUCACCAACAACCACAGGUGUACACCUCUAACCUUUAUCAAAAUCAUCCAAUGAUGAAUCCUGCUGUACAACAAAACUUUGCUCAUUUAUCGACUGAUGAAGACAUCAUGUCCAUGCAACAUCAGGAAAUGGCUGAAAUAAUUGACUCCAUCCAAAUGUUUGACAUGCCUCUUGUAAAUGAAGAAGAUGAGCAACUUAACUUUUUCUGCUAA